AUGACGGGCCGAACAUUCAAGCUAAAAGCCAACAAUCAUGAAGUUGAUGUUCACCUUGAUGACAUUACAUUGAUGUUCUUUGAUACCACAAUGGCCAUGUUUAGCAGCCAAGUUGGAGAUAGUGAUGACAGUUUUGACUAUUUUCAAUGUGAGUUGUUACAAAUUACAAAAAAAAAAGUUUUGGGGUGGAAAAAAAAGUUUUGUUGUUUUUUUAAAGUGCAGAUUAAGGUUGAAAAACGACAAGACUUUUUUUUCCGCCUUGAAUACUAAGCUUAGAGAAGUCUAAAUAAAAGCCUAAGUCUAGAAGCUUAACUCUAGAAACCUAAGCCUGAAAGCCUAAGCCUAGAAGCAAUAAAAAGUUACGUUUGACCAAAAUAUAAAUAAGUUUACAGACAAAGACGAUGAAGCCGAAUGGAUUACAGUCCGAACAGAUGAAGAGCUACAAACACUGUUAUUCUCUUUUGAACCGGACGAUUUUGUUGAAAUCAAGCUUUGUAAGUCUUAUUUUCUUCAUAACAAGAAAAGUUUAAUAAAUAUAAGCCAAAAUGCCUAAGGCUUCGACUAAAAGCCGUAUAAAAUCUGAAUUCUAAUGUUAUGUUUGAAACCCAACAAUAAAUUUCAACAUUGUUACCUAAUAACGCUGAUAUAACAAGAUAGCCUUAGAGAAAUUGAAAGAAAUUGUAUUACGUAACUUUUUAUUAUGAAAUCUUAUUGUUUUAUGUCAAUUUGCCUCGAUGUAAAACGACCCAACAAAUUACUGCGAGUACGACAAUUUCACAUUAUUUUUCAGCGAGGCAUCAAGUUUUGCUUGCCAUAAAAAAGUUUUUGGUCGUUAAAAAAUAAAGAUCGUGUUAAGCCUUAGCCUACAAAAAAAACCUAAGCCUAACCUUGAAAACCUAGUUCAAAAAGCCUACGCCUCGAAGUUUAAGAAGAGAAGCGUAAGCCUAGACUUGUAAGUUUAAAAGCCCAUGCACACAAAGCUAAGCCUAGAAGCUUAAGCCUAGAUAUCUGCGCACGGAAGCAUAUUCUUAGAAGCUUGAGCUAAGGUCAAGAAAUAUAGAAACCUAGAAUCUUAGAACUCUAAGCCUGAAAGCUUAAGUCUAGAAGCCAAACCCUAGAAGUCUAGGCUUAGAAGUCAACAUUUAAAAGCCUGAGCUUAAGCCUAAAACGUAAGUCUAAAAAUUGAAUCUGCUAAGAAGCUUAAGCCUAGCAGCUUACGUCUAAAAAAUAAAAAAUAAAAUUAAGUCUAGGUUUAAGCCUAAGCUUAAGCUUACUAAGCUUAAACCUACUAGGCUCAAGCUUACCAAGUCUAUGUUUACAACAUCUAAGCCUACUAAGCUUCGUUUACUAAUCUUAAACCUGGCAAGCCUAAGUUCACGAAGCCAAAAUCUAUCAAGCUUAAGCCUACGAAGUUCGUAAGCCUAAAUCUAGAAGCCUAAAAGCCCAAGCUUCAACUUAUUUUAUUUUGUUGUGUCUAUUCGUAAUGAAAGUGGCUUUGUUUGUUACAAAUUAUUUUUUUAUCUUUGGCAGAUCGAUCGAACGGGUGACUAUUUUGUUUUGCUUCGAUUUGCAUUAAAGGCUGCUUUUUUCUAUUUUAAAAGAAGAUUAGACUUGAAUAUUUGGCUAAUUCUAAACAGCAUUAUCUACAAGUCUAAGCCUAUAAGUAAUAUUUACUAUAAUGACAAACGAAGUAUUUAACUGGGAGCGACUGUUCGCUAGCCUUGACGAUGAUUUUGAUCUUUUACCACCAGGACCGAAAUACACUGUGGAUAACGUCAAGCAAUGUAAAUCCUUUGACAAAUCGAUGCUGUAUUCGGCCGAAGAUACAAAAGCCUCAAUUGGUCGUGUUGUACUGUUUGGGCUGGUCGAUGGUAUCAACUUGUCGGUCGAUGACAUUGGUAUCGCUGUGUUGCAGUUUGUUGUACGUGAGUUGAUGCCUGUGAAUGGUGGUGGGGUGGUGGCUGGAAGCUUUCAUGAUGUGGGACAUACCAGUUCUGUCGUGGUGGUACCUAGCAACUCUGAUAAGAUGAUACCUACAAGCUUUGAUGAAGUACUUACCAGUUCUGGCGUGGUGGUGCCUAGGAACUCUUAUAAGAUGGUACCUACAAGCUUUGAUGAAGUGAUACUUACCAGUUCUGGCUUGGUGGUACCUACCAACUCUGAAAAGUUUCUACCUACCAAGUCUGAUCACAUGGUACCAACUAACAUUAAUAAGCUUCUACCUACAGGCGCUAAUGACGUAGCAACCUUCUGGGCCGACUACGAAAGCCUGGGGUGUUUUGACAAAUUUCAGGGCUACGCUGACUUCAGGCUAUGUCAUAAUGUACUAGAAGAAUCAAAUAAUCUACGCUGACAAUCACUACCCAGUAACCGAAAAGCUAAUCAACAACGUCCCCACCAAGUUCUACGCCACACCAUCCAAUCCCAAGCUAAAAGCAAUCAAUUCAGAAGCUGUAAACAAAGUUCUUGCAACAACAGCACGAUUCUUUGGAACAGAAGAAGAGACUAAAAUCUACGCUAGCCUGGUCAAAAUUUUGCUUCGUGGACUGGUCAAAGGCGUUGCUCAUCAACUUGGACUACUUAACAAUUUAUCAAGAGUUGGUGGACCAAAUGUUUCUGUAGCUUUUGAUAAGGCGAAGAUAUGUGCCAUCAAUGAUUGGCUACAACAACAUGGAGCUACAACCCUGGCUCGGCUUAUUAUGACAGCUCAAAAGUUUUGUCAGCUGAAGAGGAUUGAAAUCAGUGAGACAGAGCUGAAGCGUGAGGUUGCAACCAGCAAGUCAGACUGCAAGUAUAACAUUGGAAUCAGCAAGUCAGAGCUCAAGUACAACUACAUUCGACCAUUCCAAAUGGCCCUAAUGAAAACCUACAAUGUUGUCGCCAAUGUCGCUUCGAAAUUCGAAAUAACCAUGCCCAAAGCCAUCGAGUACCUUAAUAUCAGCGAUACUAAACUCUCCUGCAAGCAUCUCCACAAAUUUUUGGACCUUCAAAAACAACUUGAAGACAAAAAUGUUUGGAAAAUGAGUUUCUAGCUCGAAAUCUACCGUAUGCUCGACUUAUCAACCCAGACUUCUUCACUCAGCAACAAAGAAUGGUCUUCGACUAACCAUACUGGCCAUUCUGGUCGGUUCGAACAAAUCUGAAUGGGACAGAUUGUUCAACGUCGAGCCUUAUAACCGUUUUAAACUUGGGAAGGCGAGCUGGUUCGGAGGUGCUCGCCAGAUCGUUCAACAGAUCCAGAUGGACAAGUUACAAGGAUAA